CUUUGCUCAGCCAGUGUUAUGGGCCGUGUAUGCUGGGAUAAUAGACCAGCCAUUGGGUGGAACUGGAACUCUCUCUGUGGAGAAAAUCAUCUACCAUGCCAACUACAGGCCAGGAGGACUCAGCUACAACAUAGCGCUAAUAAAGCUUAAACUACCUCUGUCUUUCAAUGAACAAGUAGUACCCAUCUGUUUGCCCAGUUAUGGCGAGAGCUUUGAGGAUGGACAGAUGUGUUUGAUCUCAGGCUGGGGAGCCACAGUGGAUAGUGGAGAGGCCAGUGUGUCCCUACAUACCGCUCAGGUCCCAUUACUGUCCAGCAGAGACUGCCGCAGACUGGGUCUGACCUCCUGGAACAUCUGUGCAGGAUUCUCAGAGGGUGGUGCUGGAACAUGUCAG